AUGGUGCUGCUCCACUGGUGUUUGCUGUGGCUCCUGUUACCACUCGCCUCGAGGACCCAAAAGCUGCCCACCCGAGAUGAGGAGCUUUUUCAGAUGCAGAUCCGGGAUAAGGCAUUUUUCCACGAUUCAUCCGUGAUUCCAGAUGGAGCUGAGAUCAGCAGUUACCUCUUUAAAGAUACACCUAGAAGGUACUUCUUCAUGGUUGAGGAAGAUAACACCCCAUUGUCCGUCACUGUGACACCCUGUGAUGCUCCUUUGGAGUGGAAGCUUAGCCUUCAGGAGCUGCCUGAGGAGGCGAGUGCAGAUGGAUCAGGUGACCCAGAACCACUUGACCAGCAGAAGCAACAGAUGACUGACAUGGAAGGCACAGAACUGUUCUCCUACAAGGGCAAUGACGUAGAGUAUUUUCUGUCUUCAAGUUCUCCAUCUGGUUUGUAUCAGUUGGAACUUCUUUCAACCGAGAAAGACACAUAUUUCAAAGUAUACGCCACCACCACUCCAGAAUCUGAUCAGCCAUACCCUGAAUUACCAUAUGACCCUAGAGUCGAUGUGACCUCCCUCGGACGUACCACGGUAACUUUGGUCUGGAAGCCGAGCCCCACAGGCUCUGUGUUGAAACAACCCAUUGAGUACUGCGUGGUCAUCAACAAGGAGCACAAUUUCAAAAGCCUUUGUGCGGUGGAAACAAAGCUGAGUGCAGAUGACGCCUUCAUGAUGGCACCCAAACCUGGUCUCGACUUUAGCCCCUUCGACUUCGCCCAUUUUGGAUUUCCAAUAGAUAAUUUGGGUAAAGAUCGCAGCUUCCUGGCAAAGCCUUCUCCCAAAGUGGGGCGCCACGUCUACUGGAAGCCCAAGGUUGACAUUCAGAAAAUCUGCAUAGGAAAUAAAAACAUUUUUACAGUCUCUGACCUGAAGCCGGACACCCAGUACUACUUCGAUGUCUUCGUGGUCAAUACCAACAGCAACCUAAGCACGGCUUAUGUGGGUACUUUUGCCAAGACCAAGGAGGAAGCGAAACAGAAAACAGUGGAGCUAAAAGAUGGGAGGGUCACAGACGUGUUUGUUAAAAGGAAGAGAACGAAGUUUCUGCGAUUUGCUCCAGUCUCCUCUCACCAAAAAGCCAGCUUCUUCAUUCACUCUUGUCUGGAUGCUGUUCAAGUCCAAGUGAGACGAGAUGGAAAGCUGCUUCUGUCCCAGAAUGUGGAAGGCAUUCGGCAGUUCCAGCUAAGAGGAAAACCCAAAGCAAAAUACCUCAUUCGACUGAAAGGCAGCAAGAAAGGAGCAUCUAUGUUGAAAAUACUGGCCACCACUAAGCCUAGUAAGCAGGCUUUCCCCUCUCUUCCGCAAGACACGAGAAUCAAAGCCUUUGAUAAGCUACGCACCUGCUCUUCGGUCACAGUGGCUUGGCUAGGCACCCAAGAAAGGAGAAAGUUUUGUAUCUACAGGAAAGAAUUGGAUGGGAACUACAGCGAAGACCAGAAGAGAAGAGCGCAAAACCGGUGCCUGGGACCAGACACCAGGAAGAAGUCAGAGAAGGUCCUCUGCAAGUAUUUCCACAGCCAAAACCUGCGGAAAGCAGUGACCACAGAGACAAUCAAAGAUCUGCAGCCUGGCAAAUCUUACCUCCUGGAUGUUUAUGUUGUAGGACAUGGGGGACACUCUGUGAAGUAUCAGAGUAAAGUUGUGAAAACAAGGAAGGUCUGUUAGUUAACUUGAGUGAAGAAGAUGUGGAGGACUCCGGGAGAGACACGGAAUCACUUUGUAAACUGACUACUCUCAUGGUGGACCAAAGUUGUGACCUGUGCUUGAAAGGAAGGAUACCAACACGUGUACAUUGAUGUCCGUUGUAAUGUAACAUGGAGACUUGUACUCACACAUACCUGUGGUACUUAGGGUCCAUCUGUCUGAUGCUGGUUGAUGUCAAAGGAAGAGGGUAUCUUGAUGGAUACCACCCCUUGCUUUGAGCAUUGCAUG